AUGACGCACGACCGCGUCGAAGCGCCCGUCACGCUACGAGGAUAUCUCCUCUGCGUCUUCGCGGCCUUUGGUGGGAUUCUGUUCGGGUAUGACUCUGGGUAUAUCAAUGGAGUGCUUGGCAUGUCGUUCUUCAAGCAGCAGUUUGGGAGCCCUUCGAACGACAAGGAUGCGUACAACAGUCUCAUCUACAAGACGUGGGAGAAGUCUCUUAUCGUCUCCAUCCUCUCUGCUGGUACCUUCUUCGGCGCACUGGCUGCAGGCUCUGUGGCUGACUGGAUCGGUCGUCGCUCUACGGUCAUUGUGGGAUGCGCCAUCUUUUCUGUCGGAGUCAUAUUCCAAGUCGCUUCUACCACCGUAGCUCUGCUCGUCCCUGGUCGCUUGAUCGCCGGCUUCGGUAUUGGAUUCGUCUCUGCCAUCAUCAUCCUAUACAUGUCGGAGGUGGCCCCGAAGCGCUUCCGUGGCGCUAUUGUAUCUGGAUACCAGUUCUGCAUCACAAUCGGCUUGCUUCUAGCGUCAGUUGUGGACAAUGCGACAAAAGACCGUAUGGACUCGGGCUCAUACCGAAUUCCAAUGGCUCUUCAGUGGCUGUUUGCUUGUGUCUUGGGUAUUGGCCUUUUCUUGCUCCCUGAGUCGCCUCGCUGGUACGUCAAAAAAGGUCGUACCCAGGAUGCUGCACGUGCUCUUGGAACUCUCCGCGGACAGCAUUUCGAAUCAAGUUAUAUCAUUGAUGAGCUUAAAGAGCUGACUGACAAUCACGACUACGAAAUGCGUAAUAUACGCACAGGCUGGGUUGAUUGCUUUCGAGGUGGAUGGAAGCCGUCUAGCAACCUCCGCCGCGUCGUGUUGGGAAUGGCGCUCCAGAUGAUGCAGCAGGGGACUGGCGUCAAUUUCAUCUUUUACUACGGGUCAACCUUCUUCAGGACCGUCGGACUCGAGAAUGCUUUCCUCAUCUCCAUGAUCACCACUGCAGUCAACAAAUUUGGCCGCCGCAUGCUUCUCAUAUCUGGCGCCAUUGGCAUGCUCGUCUGCGAGUUCGUCAUUGCCAUUGUCGGCACAGUCGAUGAGGGCAGCAAGGCCGCUGGGAUAUGUCUGAUCGUCUUCACCUGUUUCUACAUCUUCUUCUUCGCGUCAACCUGGGGACCAGCAGCCUGGGUAGUCAUUGGAGAGAUAUUUCCUCUGCCCAUCCGCGCCAAGGGCGUUGCUCUUUCUACUGCUAGCAAUUGGUUCUGGAACUUCAUCAUCGGUUUCAUUACUCCCUACAUGGUCGAUGAGAGCUAUGGAAAUCUCAAGGCAAAGGUUUUCUUCGUCUGGGGUGCUACGUGCACUGCCUGCGUUGUUUUUGCCUAUUUCCUAGUGCCUGAGACAAAAGGUCUCUCUCUUGAGCAAGUUGAUCGCAUGCUUGAGGAGACUACGCCGCGCACCUCGUUCAAAUGGGUUCCUCAUCAUCUACGCGAAGGCCACACAGAUGGAUCUUCUCCAGAAACGACUGAGAAGAUGGGUCACCAAGGCCCGCUUGAGCAGGGCGAGCAAAAGGGCGUUUGA